UGCAGGCUACCCAGGAGGCUUGCCUAUGGGAUACUACGGUCCACAGCAGCCCAGUAUCUUUCCCUUGGGCCAGCCAACUGAUCCUAUCCUAUAUCCACCUGGCAGAUACCCUAUGCCAAAUCAGCCUGUUGCAGUUAUGUGGAUGCCAGGGCCACCUCCUGUGCCAAACUGCCCUCCAGGUCUGGAAUACUUAACUCAGUUGGACAAAAUACAUGUUUUCCAGCAUUUUGAGCCUCUGAAAAUGAUAACACAUUUUGAAGCCAAUAAUAGAUAUGAUGUCAAAAACAACUCAGACCAAAUGGUUUACAUUGUCAAUGAAGACACAAAUGAGUCUACGAGGAACACUUAUCACUCACUGAGGCCCUUCGUCCUCCGGGUCACCGACUGCAUGGGCCGGGAAAUCAUGACAAUGCAGAGACCUUUCCGAUGCUCCUGCUGUUGCUGCUGCUGCCCCUCAGCGAGGCAAGAGAUGGAGGUGCAAUGUCCCCCUGGUGUCACCCUUGGCUUUGUUAAACAGGAUUGGAGUUUGUGCCGGGCGGUUUACAGCAUCCAAAAUGAGAAGAAAGAGAGUGAGAUGAGAGUGCGGGGACCAUGCAUACUCACUGACGGUGGUUCUGACUCUGUUUAUGAGGUCACAUCCCCCGAUGGCGUAUCCCACAUUGGCAGAAUUAUUAGGCAGUGGCGUGGUGUGUUAUCUCUAACAACAGAUGCCGACCACUUUGACAUUCAGUUCCCCUUGGACUUGGAUGUGAAGAUGAAGGCCAUGAUUUUUGGAGCUUGUUUCCUCAUUGAUUUCAUGUAUUAUGAGGGAAUUCCACAACAGGAUUCAUCAAGGGUGAGCAAUCAGGAGGUGCCUACAAAUGGGGCAGGAUCAGACUGUCAGGAAGUGAGCUGACCAGAGCCAACUCCAGUCAAGAUGUCUGAGCAGAUUACAGACAUCAGUGCACUGAUAAGAAGCUUGCUUUAGUAUAUAAUACAUUCAUACAUUUAACACACAACCUUUCGGUCGCAAAUGGCUUGUAUAGAAAAUGUGUGUGUCAGAAUGGCUAGAUCGCCUGUUAUACCUGUGUGGCCCAUUUCAUGUGACACAGAAGACACAGUUGUUUUUCUUUCAAGAAGAACUUUGCUGGUCACCAAACUGCCCCCAGUGACUCAGAUUGGAGUUAUAUUUCUAAAUUUUUAAAUACGACAUUUCCAGUAGUACUUUAUAAAAGUUAAAGCCUCAAAUUCUGGUGUUGACUAAUACUGCUUUGCUGCUAUUACAUGAUGGGUAAAUACAUACUUCUACAAGGUAAUAAAAUACAGCAAAUAUGCUACUUCCCUGCAAUCUCAAGCUCAUCAGUCAACAUUUGAAAGCCCAGCAACUAAGUAUGGGUUGUACUUGUUUGUGCUAAUUAAUUGAAAGCAUAAUGUGUGAGUGAAUACACCCUUAUUAACAACUUGCCUCUAUUGCACUUUAGCUUCCCACGUUUGUGUGUGUGUGUGAGAUGUCUCAUACAGUUAUGAUUUCUCUUGCUUAAAACAAUAGCACCUGGACAAUAUUUUUGUAAUACAAUUCACGUUAUAAUUUCUAUAUUUUUUAGUGGCAUUUCAUUGGGUAAAAUUGAUCAUGUUGAUAAAAAGCAAUAGCCAGUAUGCAAAAUGGGAUGUGUUUCAUCUGUUCUUUAUUACACAAAGACCGAGUGUGCUUAGAUGGGUUUCUUCUGACAUGAGGGCCUGAGCCCACAGUUGUUUUUGAA